CCCCCCCCCCCCCCGCCCCCGCUCUCUGCUGAUGAUGAGGCUGUGUGUGAACGUUCUCUCCAUCUCUCCAUACAGACAUGUGGACUGAUCGUGCAACAUUUUGUCACUGAGGCUGAACGUCAUUUAAGCCAGUUGAAAGCAACAGCUUGUGGCGUCAAUCAAAGUGGAGCAAUUACCUUUUCUUCAUAAAAGAAGCAAGAAUAUAUUAUCAGAUUGUGUUUGUAAAGAUGAAGCCAUGUCAAAAGAGUCUCAAAAGAAUGACACUAAAAUUAAUGUGACAGUCAUGAGAAACUAGAGACACGGUUUCUUAAUGAAACAUGAGCAUGAAUGAGAAGCUUGGUGGAUCUGUUAGAUCCAGCUUUCAGGACGAUCAUGGAGAACUCAGAAACAACAACAGAUGCUCUGAGCAUUCAUGGGAUGGAGAUGCCAAUGCAAAUGAGAUUGAAAGUAAAGAUGGUAGAACUUUGGAGGACACUGGUACUCAAUCAUCUUUUGUAUCUCACACUGAGGAACAGGACAAAAUCAUCAUCUGGGGCACAGACUCUCAGUAUGAUGAUCCUGAGCUGGCAGAGUUUGAGAUGUUGGAAUGCCAGGAACUGGAGGCUUUCCUUGUCGACUCAGAGGACAGUUAUAAUAAAGAUGAUGGACCGACACUAGGGACCGUUUCCAAAAUUAACACUCAAACUGAGGUUGAUGUUCAAAAAGACCCAAAACUAGAAAUGAAAGAGCAACAAACGGAUACCCACCAAUCCAUCAGCAAAGAAAUUGAGACAUGCCCUUCUAGGGCUGAGUGUAGCUCUGAUAAUGAUGUAUUUGUAUCUUGUUACUCCACAAUGUCCAGUCUUGCCUCACAGUCCUGUUUGACAAUUUCAGAUAAGAGCAGAAGUUCUCCACACACUGAAAGAACUCAUGUAGAUCUCAAUCUGAACAAUAAUGUAUUACUUGAGGAACCUUAUUUGGAAGCACAAGAAAACCAAGCAGCUCAAUACCUAUGUGUAAAAACAUGCAAAGAAUCCUCAGGCCAGUCAAAAACUGACAUAAAUGAAUGUAAACCAACCAUUGCAGGUGCUAAAAAUGAGCACAAUGAAAUAGAAAAUGCCAAUGAGAACAAUGCGGAUGCUGCUGAGAAGCACCCGGCUUCAAUUACGGAAGAAUGUAAACAUAAAGAUCCACAAAUGGUUUCACUUCAGCAAAAAUCUUGCAAAACAUUUGGGUCAGAUGACACACAUUCUUUUUCAGUGGCCAGCAAGAUUCCUCACAAUACCAGUCAUGAAGUAAAAUCUAAACAAUCCCAAAAGGAAGAAACUUUAGAAAUGAUUCAAGGGUCCUUUAAGCCAGACUCAACAGAAGCACCUAGUCACAGUGUGGUUGCAGAACCAAGACUGUACCAGAAACAGGCAUCUUUUGAAAGAAUUCAGAAAGCUAGCCCAUCUCACCUGGAAAGGAGAAUACCCAUGGGAACUUCUUCACGCACCCCUACUUCUCCAUCUUCUAAAUCCACCAGCUCCCCUAAACGGCAAACACUUUCACCAGCCAAGUCUGUAAGCACACGAACUCCAAUUCAGGAACUGUCUGGUUCUCCACAGAGGCUUGCUAGUAGUUUGAAACUUCCAAGUAAAAGCUAUUUAAAUAGUGGAAUCCCAAAACCAAUUCCCCCUCAACAGCCAUUUAAAUCAGAAUCUGAUUUUAUAAAGUCCUCUCCUCCUCAAAGGCCUAAAAAUGUCCGCCCAAAAAUAAUCACUUACAUCCGUAAGAGUCCUCAACAAAAGCCCCAUUCUACAGACAGUCCCUAUGAAGCGUCUACUCUGCCCUCAAGGCUUUCACCGUAUUCUAGUAUGCCGGCCAACAAAGAGCCAAAAGUUGCACGAUCCAGAGGCUCACCAGUGAUGAGCUCCUCCAAUAUUCUUCAUGACAAGUAUAGACAGGAGUUGCAGAAAUCAGGAUACUACCCACCACCUGGCCUAAUGGUGUCUGGCAUCAGACCAACAGGUCAUACUUUACCUCAUAAAUUGGUGGGAAAAUCAGAAAGUUUUCAUGGUGAGCUCCCAGGCAACUUUAUGCAUGAGGUGGGCAGAGGAGCAAACCUUGGUAUGUAUGAAGUAGCUGGUGCACCAAGGGCUCUAAGGCCUCAGCUCGGCCUUGGGGCAGUCACAAGACAACCUACAACCAAAGCCAGGAUGCUGAUGACAGGCCAAAGGUCAUCUUCACCUCUCAGCCACUCAGCUAGAAUGGGGCAGUCUACUCACUGCUACCAAGAUCCAACAGGGGAGCUGAAGAAGCCUAUAUUAGAGGUCGCUCCCAAGUCCCUCCUCCCCAAAUCAGGUCAGUCUGGCCUGCGCCCACCGGGUUUCUCCCACUUACCCACUGCUCGCCUGGCUGCUUUCAGCUUCAUCCGCAGUGCCAGUGUGUCCUCUGUGUCCAGCAACCAAUCCAAUGACAGUACUAAUAGCAGCCUAGGCCGCCCUCCUCACUGUCAAAGCAGUGAAAAUGAGGAGACCCUCAUGGCACGUGCUUCUAUCUCCCCUGGUGAUGGUGGGACUGGUAGACGAUCUAGCGUUGGAAGUACUCAGAGUGCAAAUCGCCGGACUGUGGUGCCUCCACCACGUGGUUCACCAGUUGCUGUUAGGAAGGAGUUUCAAAGAGAUGGAGAUGUUGCUCAUCCUGCUCUGUCCUCCCCAAAGAGAUUUGCAAUGAUCUCGCCCAAGCCUCAUUCCCCUGUGCGUCAGAAGUCAUGUGUGGCUCGUCUUGGAGGCCGGACAGAGGGAUUGGAUGCAGAGCGAGAGCGCCUCCUGGCGGUACAGAGCCUGAGAGAGCGCUGUGAGGAUCAGGCUAAGCAGAUCGUCGCCCUGCAGGCCCAACUCGGAAAAACCUUGCUCUGCAUGGAUGUCUUGGCGAUUUCCACUCAGCGCUUCUGCCAGAAGAAUGAGAAUGCCUUGGUGAAGGAGAGGGAAUUGUCCCUGGAGCUUUCCAGGAUCAGGGAUGAAGUGGUGGUCAGCGUGGGCCGGUGGGAGCGCUUGCAGGGUGAGAAGGCCGAGCUGGAGCGCAAUUUUGAGCAGCAGCUGAGGAAGCUGAAGAACGAGCAGGAGAAGGAACUGCAGGAUCUGCAGGAGAGGCUGAGAGAAGAGCAGCAGAAGGAGAUUGAGCUUCUGCAACAACAGCAGAACAGUCAGCUAGAGCAGCUCAACUCCCAGCACCAACAGCAGGUUGUUGAGAUGAGCGAGAGCCAUGAUGGGGCCUUGCUGGAGAUGGAGGCCACUCAUAAAGCCACACUGGCCACAUUACAGGAGGAGCACGCUAGGACGGUCAAGAAUCUCAAGAUGGCUCACGAACAGCAGAAGAAAUCUCUGGAAGAAGAAUUCGAAAAACUCAGAUUGUCACUGCAGGAUCAGGUGGACACACUGACGUUUCAGAACCGCAGCUUGAGCGACCGAGCUAAGCGUUUCGAGGAGGCACUACGCAGGAGUACAGACGAACAGAUAGUGGAAGCUUUGGCACCAUAUCAGCACAUAGAAGAGGAUCUGAAGAGUCUCAAAGAGGUUCUGGAGAUGAAGAAUCAACAGAUCCACGAACAAGAGAUCAAGAUAUCUGAGCUGGAGAAACUGGCCCAGAAGAAUGCUUUGUUAGAGGAGCGUGUUCAGGUUCUACAGCAGCGGAAUGAGGACCUUAAGGCGAGAAUAGACCUCAACCUUGCCAUGUCCAGACAACUCUCAGAGGAGAAUGCAAACUUGCAGGAGUAUGUGGAGAAGGAGAGUAAUGAGAAAAAGCGACUGAGUCGCACAAAUGAGGAGCUGCUCUGGCGUCUGCAGACGGGAGAAUUGAGCCCACACAUGUCACCCAACCAGUCGCCACUCCAUCGACCUUCUCCAGGCCCAGGAUCGCCAUCCCAGCUCCCACCCUUUCCUAGAUGAACCCCCUCUAUCUUUCUUUCUUUUCAUCAAUUUUAUUUCAGCUGUACCCUCAUUUAUAUGGCGUAAGUGCAAGAAGACACUUGAGGUGCUUUCUGUAGUGAUAUAGACUGUAUCAGUUGAGCUAAAUGUGCUGUAAAUGGGUGCUGAUAACUAGGUUAUCACAGGAGGCUCAGGAGGACCGUGUCUUAAUUUAAAUCCUUUAACCGUCUGUAAAUCUGUGUCUUACAUAUUUUAAUUCUAAGCAACAGGACUCCAUUUCAGUAUAACAGUACACGGACAGAAACCCCAAUAGUUUGUUCGUUUUAACAACUUUUUAAUGAGCAUCAUCAUACAAACAUGAUGAACACAGCCUGUUUUGAGCUGCAGAUUUUUCUACCCAGAAUGUACCAUGCAUAAUGAAGUACUGACUACCACUGUCAUGCUUUGCAAACUGGCAGUUUUAAUUAGCUUCUGUGGUGCCUGUACGCCAAGCUUUGUUUUGACUAGCAAUUACAAAUAUAGGCUACGUACUGUAAGCUGAAAAUGAAGUACAAGACAAAAUACAAGAUUUCAACAGUCAAUUAUUCAUUCAUUCAUCUUCAGUAAGUGCUUUAUACUGGUCAGGGUCACUUACUAAUCUGGAGUCUAUCCUGGGAACAGAUUCGCACACUCAUUCACUCCUAGAGACACUUUAGCGUAUACAGUUCACUCACCGACAUGUUUUUGUGGGUGGAAAGAAACCGGAGAAUUGCGUGACAAAAAAUAUCCACAAAAAUGACCACAGAAUAUUUCAGGCCCUAAGUAACAACUUAAUCAACUCCAGAACCCAAAUCCAAAAUCCCUCCAAAAUCCAAAAUGCCCCCAAACCCUCGUAUGCACCCACGUCUCCAUCAAACCAGUUAUAUUAUUUUAUUUCAAAGAAUAAGUUUAUUAUAAUUUUAUAACUUUCAGCUAAACAGUUUUUUUUCCAAUGAUGAAAAACAGUUUAAUGAAUAAUACAAUAAAUACAACUGAGCAAGACUUGCUCUAACUACAGUUACAUACAUUGCAGUGUGUUCUUUAACACAAGGGGGCGCCCUGGAACUGCCUGAUGUAUAAACCUUUCCACCCAUGACAGAAAAGGUGCACUUUGUUUUCCAUAUCUGUG